AUGGUGCGGAAUGUAUCUGAUCAUUCAGUAUCUCCAGUCAGGGGACGUGGAUCUCCUCGUAGGAGGAGCCCUUCUCGAAGAGAGAGAUCUCCUGCUGGGCAUAGGAGUUCACUCAAAACAAGCUCACCUGUUAGAGAGAAACCUUCAAGUCGCACCAGGUCCCCUAAACGCACACGAUCAAGAUCUCCUGUAUCUCUACCUGUAAGAGAGAAACCUUCAAGUCGUACCAAGUCACCUAAACGCACAAAGGCGAGGUCUCCUGUUUCUCCCUUGCCCAUGAGAGAGAAACCCUCAAGUCGCACCAGGUCCCCAACACUUGCAAAGUCGAGGUCUCCUGUAUCUCGCUCACCCUCACCACAGACUAAAAGAUUAAGGAGAACGCAAGCUGAAAGAGAGGCUGAGAGAGUGAGUGAAAGGGAGAAUGAAAGAAAUCAUGGUAGGGGAGGUGAUAGGGGUAUACGUAGGGAAAGAGAUCCAGACAAGGCAGUGCCUAGUGAGAGAAGGGAGCGAAGGUCAGGAAGGGAUGCAGUUGAUAAUGGGUCUUCUAGAAUGAGACAUGGGCACUCAACUUCACCAUCAGACCGUCACCAAAGGAGUAGACACAGAUCUCGGUCCCCUGCUGCUGCUGCUGAUAACAGGACGCGUGAUGAGGUGACUAACUCAAGGGGAGUGGAACAUCGGUCAGCUGCUGCUUGA